CUUUCUUUCAAUUGAACGCAUUCAUUCUGCAAGUCAUGCCCUUUUUUUCUUUUCUCCCUACUCGCAACAACAACAACAACCAAACUCUUUGCCAAGGCGAUCACUACGAAAAACAAAACAACCCUCAACGCAAACCAAAUCCUGCAGAACUCCAAGUUGGAAUUUCCAAGGCACCACGAUGGGUUGUCUCUCUCGCUUCCCUGCCGAGAUACUUUGCGGUGUAGCCGAUGCACUCACUAUCCCUGACACCCCGACCCGCCUUGACUUACGGAGCUUAGCCCAGCUGGCCCUGGUCUCGCACAUGUGGCAUGAGAUUGCGAACCCCCUUCUCUAUAAACAUGCUAUCCUUUGGGACUGGUACAUGCUCUGCCCAGGCAGGGAAUGGAUGUCUGUUCCCCCUAACCCCAAUCAACUUUGUUGCUGACGCCGCUAGGGGCUUCUCCUACACCAUCCGGGCGGCUAUGAGCAUUGCAGACCACCGACGGCUUUUUGGACCCCCAAUGCCACAGCAACUACCUGACAACCGAGUAGGCGUGCUCAUGACCGCUGCGCUGUCGGGCGACCUUGCCCUUUUGUCGCGCCUCGCCGGCUAUGUCCCACACACACUUCAACCGCUAGAUACCGCCCAAGCCUUGUCGGCUGCAUUCUACGUCCCAGGGCUUUGCCCGAUACACGACGACGACGACGACGACG